AUGUCAUUGAGAGGCCGAGAGAGAUGUCCUGUCCCGUUGAGCGAGGAGCUACUAAAAGGGAUAGCUCGUUGUUGUGGGUAUUCCCUCGGGAGUGGACGAUGGCUUUGGGGUGAUGGACGAUGGCUUUGGGAUUUGCAGAAAUUAGAGAGAGAGGCUCGGAUAUGUCGCAAACUGAAACAUCCAAAUAUAGUUCGUCUGCACGACAGCAUUCCUGAAGAAAGUUUUCAUUACCUAGUAUUUGACUUAGUCACUGGUGGUGAACUGUUUGAAGACAUAGUAGCUAGAGAGUACUAUAGUGAGGCGGAUGCUAGCCAUUGCAUACAACAGAUCUUAGAAAGUGUGGACCAUUGUCAUAGAAACAGUGUGGUGCAUCGAGACUUAAAGCCUGAAAACCUACUGUUAGCGAGCAAACUAAAAGGUGCUGCAGUGAAACUAGCCGACUUUGGUCUCGCUAUAGAGUUAGUUGGAGACCAACCAGCAUGGUUUGGUUUCGCAGGAACGCCUGGAUACUUGUCCCCGGAGGUUUUAAAGAAAGACCCGUAUGGACGAGCAGUAGAUAUAUGGGCAUGUGGAGUGAUUCUCUACAUCCUACUAGUUGGGUACCCUCCCUUCUGGGAUGAAGACCAACACAGGCUGUACUCACAAAUCAAGGCAGGAUCCUAUGAUUAUCCAUCCCCAGAAUGGGACACAGUCACUACUGAAGCUAAGCAGCUUAUUGAUAGCAUGCUAACAGUCAACCCUGCUAAGCGGAUAACAGCUGGUGAAGCUCUCAAACAUGCCUGGAUUAGUAAUUCUGAACAUGUUGCAUCAGGGAUGCACAGGCAGGAGACGGUAGAUUGCCUGAAGAAGUUUAAUGCCAGGCGUAAGCUUAAGGGGGCCAUCUUGACGACAAUGCUAGCGACUAGGAACUUCUCUAAAUGGUCCAGGGAAAGUCAGGAAAAGGGCGGGAAGACUGUCGUUAAGAAAGACAACGAUAUCAAAGAAUCACAAGAGAGUAGUGUGGUGGAGGAUGACGACACCAAAGCUCGUAAGAUCGAGGUGAUCAAAAUGACAGAAGCUCUGAUUGAGGUCAUCAACAAUGGAGACUUUGAAGGAUACACGAAGAUGUGCGACCCCCACAUGACCUGCUUCGAACCGGAGGCGUUUGGGAACUUAGUAGAGGGAAUGGAUUUUCAUAGGUUCUACUUUGACAAUGUACUGUCUAAGAACAACAGGGCACGCAACACUACAAUCCUACAUCCCCAUGUACAUCUGAUUGGCGAUGAUGCUGCCUGCAUAGCGUAUGUCCGCCUCACCCAGUAUAUUGACCGGAACGGCUUACCUGUCACUAACCAAUCCGAAGAGACACGGGUAUGGCAACGCAGGGACAGUAAAUGGCAGAAUAUCCACUUUCACCGCUCCGGAGCUCCAAGCGCCCCAACCAAAUAGCCAAGGACCUGUCAACAGUGUCUCUUGUACCACCACCUCAUUUUGUCCCCGGUCCACACAGCCCUUUAAGGAGCAUUUCCCUUUAAGAGGUGCUUAUGUGGUCUGUGUUAUCUUUGCAGGGCUGGUAUUUAAAGGGGUUGAUAGUUUUGUAGAGAUGUAUACACUCUCUUGAAAUCGAAACCCUGUUUGAACCGUUACGACUUUUUGUGAUGAAAUCUCAAAAACAAGUCAUGGUGUCUGAAAUGUCCCCGUUUUGGGGAUUUUGGCUGGUUUAGAGUCAAUCCAGGGUUGACGCCAGAAAGGGCUCCAGCUUGUUUGUAUUUUCUUUACGUUUUUCAGAGGCGAGAAGAAACGGAACCUGGCACUGGGGUUGUUGGAGUGGAGUAGUGGCAUUGAUAUACACAUAGUGUAGCACAAAGCCCACACGGAUUUAGGUUUUGAGGAUUUGAGCUUGGAGUGGUACUGUCAAUUUGCAAGAAAGCCUGGUGUCUUGUUCUUUGACAGACGAUGCUUGUACAAGACGUUCAGGGACAAGACUUUUAAACACUUGUCUCUACAGUUCCACAGUUUUGUCAUUCUUCUUGGUAGCACCAAGAUAACACUUUUUUGCUCGAGUAGGAUGUGGAGAAGUCUUUGUUUUAGGGAAAACGAAAGUAAUCAUGUUUGUAGUUGCUAGCGAACGGCCAGUUUAUGAGGCUUCGACACUUUGGAUAUUAUUUGGCGAUUCUUUUUUUGUUUAUAUUCUGUCUUUCAGUUUGUCGUGUUGUAUUCUUGUCAAGGGUGUUUCGUGUUCUUUAUUCAUUCCUCAUUUUAGUUGCUUCCCCGAAGCUUCCUGAAAUACUUAGAGGACAGUUUUUUGGGAGGUGUGACUGUGGAGUGAUUGAGAGUUGUAGAGGUGCAAGACUCGUCCAGCCAUUUUGCUUCAUGGCUGGAAGUUUCCAUCUGUUUUCUCAUUCGCGGUAUCCAAUCGAGAGACAAGAAAAUGUCAUUAACUCUUUUCCAGACUUCUCCUCAUCCCCUAAUUUUUCUGCCUCUAUUUUUGCCUUCUUGAAUUUUCUGAAUGUGUUGUUUAAUUUCUUCAUUUGUAUGUAAAUCAUGUUGUCUUAAGUGGUGUAUAAUGAUACAUCCGUUUAGAAAUUUCCCCGCCAUCCAACCUGCUAGAUUUGACACGGAUGUGGAGAUAGAAAUUUGAACUUAAAAAGAUCCCGCUAUCCACAGACACCAAUGCAUCUUAUGCAAUUUAAUAGCUUAAACACCAUCCUUUGGUUGAGAAGACGUUCUGUAAAAAUUCUUAGAAAGAUCAGAUGUACAACUUAACGAUCUUGAAGGUAGUGUGACAAGUCUUAAAUAAUUGUUGAUAGCAGGCAACCGUUUUAGUCAGUCUGGUUAAUUCCAUUAGACACCCAGGUACCUAUACAGCAGGUUGAAAUAUAAAGCAGUUUAAAAACAGCCCUUAUUUGUAUAUUUGUUGAGCCAUUUUUAUGCAAGAAAUAGUAAAAGAUUUGUGUAAGAUUUUUCGGGAUUUAAAAAGUAAUGAUUGACCUAACAAGUUGAUUCAAUUUUCUUUUUUUCUAUAUAAAAGUUGUUGCUGCAUGUGUGGAGUAAAACAAAAAAAGUGUUUUUUGUUUUGUUGAUUUUUUAUUUUGAAGAAACUUCUUGUUCCAGUGCCUGUUGUGUGGGGGAAAGAUAAGGAAGUGUUUAUAAACGGAAAAGUUUAAGAAAAGGGUUUGAAGAUGACGUGUGAAGGGUCAAAGUUGAAAGGUCAUAAGUUGAUGAUUGAUUUGGAUGGCUGUUUACUGAAGAAAGCUUUGAUGUACAAUUAUGAUUAAUAAUUUGGUAUAUUUAAUAACAAUGUGAAUAUCAAUAGUGAGGUCAAGGGUUAGGGAGUAAUAACAAUUAGUGUUUGCGGUAAAUUGAUAAAGAUUUGACUGCAGCACUACCUUAAAAUAAAUAUUAGAAAAAAUUCAUCUACUUUUUGAUGUUAAUUGUGCCAUUUUAUCAAACACUUAAAAACAAUUUUUGGUGAUGAUUAUCUCAUAUUAAUGAAUUAUAGGAGUUUAAGAAUUAUGAUCUGGAUAAAUUCUGUAGUGUUCUGGGGUGUAUUUUGUGUACAUUGUCGCUCCUGUUUAUUGGUAUGUAAGUGUCUAAAAAAGAUGGUUAAUUUUAUCGCUUUGCUUAAUUGUUUUUCUUAUUUUUGUUUUUCCUCCAAAGUAAUUCUUGUAACUUGGUAACUUUCAAAGACACCUACGUCUGAUAUUUUUGUAUGUGCGAGAGACACUGUGUUCUUUUUUUUCUUGGAGUGGUUGUAAAAGUCCACUUCUGGAAGUGGCCCGGUGUUGAAAUUCUAAAUUAAUGAUUCUCAAAUAUGGUAGCCUUCCUCCCAAGCCGUUAUGGUGCUUGCACACAUUACAUAGUCUACGAAAUUAAGAUGCAAACCUCUGGUUACACGAGACUACCAGGUGAAGAAGGUUGACCACGUGUGCAUUUUUUUGGCUGUUUUGUACAAUGUUGGGCACGUUGAUGUGUUAAACUAACCGUUCCACAGAAAUAUAAGACUCAUUUUCAGUGAAAUUAGUGAUAAAUCAAUUCCUACGUAUUUUAAUGUCAAUUAAAAUAAAUGUAAAUAUGAGAACCUCAUUUAACUCAAGCUGACCUGACGGGUCUUUAAGUGAAGAUGAAAAUCACAAAUCAGCACUUUGAUGGAUUUGCGUCUAAAGUGGAAACUUGCAUUGUCUUGCUUUUUCGCUGCGAUAAACCCUUAAGAUGUCGUGAAGAAGGGCACUUAUUUGUGCCGUUCGAUUUUACACUUUUAACUCUUUACUGGGGACUCGUUGAGGGUGAAUCUUACGAGUGAUGUCUCACAUUUUUUAUGUAGAUAGAGUAAGUCCGGAGAAUCAAUUUAAAGUCUCACAGUUUAAAACAUCAAUUUGACGUUAGAAACACUUUUUCACAGUGGUUAUGAUGGUGUUUCGGAUUACCAGUUGAGCUGGUCGCAGAAUAUCCUCUUUAAUAACGCCAGGCAGGCAUCAACCAGCCACUAAUCAGCGUUUUGAUUGGUUACCAUUGGGUUAUUACGUCAUGCUGACGUCUUUGCCUGCGUGUAUUGAUAGCCAUUUUUUUUGGUAGGGUCACAUUGCAACAGCAGUCGGGCCGGCUCUUUGAUUAAUGUGCGGAGGUUUUAAUGACGAGAGAGUGUGAACGUUUGUGCCUUGUGUCUCACGCAAUGACACUAUUGCAGGCAAUCUCACUCCUCACUAAUAUUUCACCACACCUUAACACCUCAUGUUCAGAGAAAUGACCGACAGGUCUAGAAGUUUUUGACCAAACUUCCCCCGUGUGCCGUGCACCACGCAUUGAGCCAAGUGAUCACGCAUUGAGUCAAGUGAUCACGCAUUGAGCCAAAGUCAUCACGGAUUGAGUCAAGUGAUCACGCAUUGAGCUAAGUGAUCACGCAUUGAGCCAAAGUCAUCACGCAUUGAACCAAGUGAUCCCGCAUUGAGCCAAAUUGUCACGCAUUGAGCCAAGUUGUCGCGCAUUGAGCCAAGUUGUCACGCAUUGAGCCAAGUGAUCUUGCAUUGAUCCAAGUGAUCACGCAUUGAGCGAAGCUAUCACGGAUUGAGCCAAGUGAUCUUGCAUUGAUCCAAGUUAUCACGCAUUGAGCCAAGCUAUCACGGAUUGAGCCAAGCUAUCACGGAUUGAGUCAAGUGACCACGCAUUGGGAUGAGCCAAGUAUCAUGCAUCCACUCAAGGGAUCACGCAUGUGUGUUCACGCAUUGAGUCCAGUGCUUCUACAUCGAGACAAGUGAUCGUGCAUUGAGCCUUGCGAUCACGCAUAUUAAGCUCAGUGAUCACGUUAACAUAUUCUAUGUCUCGCGUGCGUCGGUCGAAGUUGAAUAUUGUAGACACAUUUUUUUUGGAGAGAGAAUAGGAAGUAGGAACCUUGAAACCUUCUUCACGAUAGCUCUCAAAAAAUUAAAAAUAAGUGAGGGCCAGUGAACACGGGUACCAGUUUAGUAUGAAUGUCGCUCAGUUGCAAAGCUAAGGAUUGAUACAUUUUGAUAUUAUUUUUGUAUUACUUUUUAAUAGCAUGUGGACUUCUAAUCGAAGUUGCCGUGUGUGACAUCAGUAUGCACACCCAUUAUUGUUCUGGGUCUUUGCUUCUGAAAAAAUAAUGUACCUUAAAAGCCCUGCUUGUGUGUCUUGACACUAAUAAAGAGAGUGCCUAUCAUCUUGUAUGCUUUUUGACACGGUCACAUCGUAUGCUAAACGAGCCUGAAAUGACAUGUGUGAUUCUUGAAUUUUUAGUGCAUCAGUGAAACCAGUGUAACCAUUUUAACCACUACUCGCUUACCAGUGUUAUAUGGCUGGUAAACCAGAGCGACAGCAUUGGUGGUACAAUCUAAGUACAACCCUGGUAAAUGUUUGGUAUACCACUGGUAAACCAUUGCUGUACUACUGGUACAGCUUUGGUAAAGCCUUUGAUAAACCAUUGGUACUCCUUCGCUACACCACACGCGACUGGUAAACCAGAUUGGCACCACUGAUACAAACCUGGUAAACCUUCGAUACUCCAUUGGUGUACACCACUGGUGCACCAUGUGUACACCAAUGGUAAACCAGUGGUAAACAAGGUUGCACUAUUGGAACAACUUUGGUAAACCUCUGAUACACCUAUGAUACACCAUCGCUACACCACUGGUAUAUCACUGGUACACAUGGGUAGCACUAUACUCGAUGGUGUACCGAAGGUUGCCGCGAUGCAUCGAGGCACCGCGACUCGGCCCGUACACACAUUCGCCGGUCGGACUUUCAAGUGCUCGGACAACUUCUAGUGCCGUGUCUAUUAUAUUCUUUUAAACUCUUUGCGGACACAAACAACUGCAACCCAAAACAUUCACUGCAACUGCGGUGGCAACUCUUUUGAAAAAGUAUGCAUGUCAUAAGGGCCGAUUAUUGCAACAAUGAAUUCCGAGUUGGCUUAUCCAAAGGCCAACUAUCAACAUCGAUAUUACAAGCAACUUCAGUUGCUUGUAAUAAAAGUCAAUUUUUUCGCUUGGCGAAUUUGUACACUUUCGUCACGCUGAAACCAAGAUCGAUACAAUAUACAUGUACAUUAAAAUAAAGGCUGUCCAUUUCAAUUUUGAGCUAUUUUUUUUCCUUCAAGAUACAGUUUCUCUCUGGUCAUUUCCGAGCAUUUCAGAAAUGCCAUUUCCGUACAACCCAAUAUUGAUUGCAUUCAAAAUCAAAGGCUGAUAUCUCUUAUUAAAAAAUAUUAAAAAGAAGGGUUUUUGCGGGAGUGAAUUUGAGACACCAUUAAUGAUUGAAUCGCCUCUGUAUCCUUGAUAUUGGCACAUCUUUCCUGUGGGUGGAGGCUGUAAAAAUUGGAAAAGAGGCAAUUUCCGUGUGCAAUAUCUUUUCCCGGCGUAUUCCAAUUAAAACAUGACAAAUCGUCAUGCGUGCAGUUUUCAGCGGAGAGGACCUAAAACCAGGUGGUCUUAAUUACCCAUUGUUGAACGGCGAACUCGCUGGCAGCAAUCAAGAACAAGGGAACAAUGGUUCCUGUUGUCCUGAGUAGAAACGGAAGAAAAAAACGUAAAUGUCAGAUUCAUGAUAACUAUAGCCUAUGUGCCAUCCUUUUUUAAAACUGGAUACAAAAAAAACAACAGAACAAAACCCAGUUAUAACUUUAAUUGCUAGUCACUUUUGUUCGUGGCUGGUUUAUUAUUUCCAUGUAAAAUCUUGCCAGUGAUACAUGUCAACUCUCUGGAAUUCUUUCGCUCAUUUUGACGAGUGAUGCCUGCAGGCAGUGCAGCAGCAUCGUUGUGGUAUCGAUCGUUCAUUUAUUUGGUUACUGCUGUCGAUUCAGUUUUAUAAUGAUUGUCAACAUGUUUUAAAGCGUAACAUGUCCAAUUUUGCCCGCAGUCGUGUAAAAGAACAAAAUAAAUGUGAUUUGGCAAGCCUAUCCAGUGAAAUGGUGUGUUACUUUGUUUUUACGCGAGCGAUUUGAUCUGAAAUAAAAUAGCGUGUUAAUAUCUGAACUUCAAUCAUCAUUAUUGUUACGUAGUAAAUCUGCUGUAUCGGUAAAUGUUUUGCUCGAGCUGGUUACGAUUGCAAAUAAUCAAGUUAGAACUUGGGUGAUUGGCAAGAUUGGCAAGAUUCCGACAAGAAGCGAAGACUUAAAAACGGUUUCGGCUUAUAACGAGAGAAAAUUUGUUGCGGAUCACUGUUCGAGAAUUUGUUGACUGUGGAGCAUCCAAUAUUCAGCCUUGUCGGGGGCAAGAUUCCAUAAUUGAAUUUUCGUCAUCUGUAAUCGAAUCUUUAAUUUGUAGCUGUCUGAGCACAUAGAAUUACUGGUGACGUUUUUUUCUAUCUUUUUUAAUUUGCAUCAUGCUGAUCGAGUGUCGACUUUGAUACUCAUAAUUGCGAUGUUUUUUAGGGGUUGCCCUUGAUGUUAAUCAUGAGAGGGCUCGGUUGGCCUGAGGGCUAGACUUGAUUCAAGUCCCGUUUUCGUAUGAAAGGUCAUUUAGCAUAUCGCGCCAACUACACUACAACAAGGUGCAGCGCUCGUGGUCAAAAUGUGGUUCCGCGUUCGGAACAGGUUGGGGACAAGACAAUAAUUUUCUGGCGGUGGCAUGCACGGGAUUGCGACUUGAACCAAGUCUACCAGAGGGCGGGAAAGUACAAAAACCCUCCUUUUUUCACUAUAUGCUUCACACUCGCAGUAUCUCGUGUGGCUAUUGUAAUGUGUACAUUUAUAGCUAGAGUGCACCGUUUAAAAACUGUCUCUUAAAUCUCUCUCUCUUGGUUUAGAUUUACUCCACGAUGUGCAAAAGUCAUAUAGUGCUAGAAAAUGAUUAUAUAUUAUUAUUAUUAAUGUUAUAUUUCUUAUAUCUUUAAGUCGUGUAGAUAAUUCGGACGGAUGUUUAUUAGAAAAUCUGUCUUAUACUUUUUUGAAUUUAUUCAUCAUUAUGAAGUUUUUGUCUGGACGGCAGCCAUCUUGGACGUGUUACUUGACGUUGUCUACUCUAGUUUAAACACAAUUAAGUUGUGGAACCAGACUCUUUUAAUUUCAUGUCUGGUUCCCGGCGAACUAUAGUAUGACACCCCACUGACACGAGGUCCCAACUACAUGAAGCCUGUAAGCAUAUAAAAAUUGCUAAGCUCAUACAAAUCUUGCAUAACAGAAACUGGUCACCAGCUAAAUUCCAUGAAGUUUACAUUAUUGCAACUGGUGCCCCACUAUUUGCUAAGCAGUAUUUUAUGCUUAACCGCUUAAUGAAAUUCGGCCUGGAGAUACUUACUCUUCGAUGGCUGCCGCUGAGAUAUAUAAAUAAUAUAUAUACAUAUAUGAAGUUAUUGUCAAUAUCACAAUGCUGACUCUAGAGGGCGCUCUAAAAUAAACCGAAAAAUAGUAUAUAA